CUUGAACCUCUGUACUCUUGAAUCUGAAGCACAAACUUCAUUUGAAACCUGUGAUAUUACGCAAGAUAAAGUUGAUAUAACAUUGAUACUGCGCAAAAGACGUUGCCAACCCCAACCAAAAAUAAUCGAUUAUUUUGCGCAUGAGACCAAAAGAAGCAUGAAAGUGAAAAUGAAGAUGUGUUCUUGAAAACGUGUCGAGGUGUCGAAGUGCAGUUCGAGAACUCAUCAUCAAUUAGCGUUUCCCUGAGGUGAAACCGUCCGGGUUUUUAGCUGGGAUCUGAAACCAUCCCGGCCGAAAACCUUCAGAACUACUCCCCUCCCCCCUUUCACCACCUCUCUUAGCGUAGAUAGGAUCGACUGGGCACUUAAUAUACCCUGCCCAGGAACCCGCAGUAGGUCCCCAUGCUGCUGCCUCUCUCAUAAUAGAGUUAAGGCAGGUGGGAUUCGAACCCCAUUAUCUGGGAGGACCAUGGAUGUCGAUUUGGGACCUCUUCUCACCAGUCUCCUCCUCCUGGUGCUGCUGCUCUUCCUGGGAGGAAAACAGGUGACUUCGGAGCCUUGUGAUGUCGGCCAGAUGUACUGUAAGGACCGGCCUGGGGGAUGUUGUGAUACCCCGGAACGGCCCUGGCCGCCACAAGCCCCGCCUUCGCCCCGGAACACCAAUCACCAGCUUCCGCCCCCGCCCCAGGCCCCGCCCCCGCCGCGGAACACCAAUCAUCAAGCUCUGCCGCCAGUGCAAACUCCGCCCAUUUACCCCCAUGUUCUACCUCUCUGGGCAAACUGGUACUUCUGGGUGAGUGUGGCGCUGCUGGUAGUGUCGUGCCUGGCUGGCUGCGGCUACUGGCGGAGGAGGAAGAUAUACGAAUCCUCAGCCUCCCAAACUCUCGGGCACGCCCACGCAUACACUACGCCUACGCCCUCAGACGACACGCCCAUGUACGGUCCGCCCUUGCCCUUCCUGCCGCCCACUCCCUAUCCGGCCCCGCCGCCCUACAGCGAGGCAGCUAGGCCUUCUUUUGACCCCCUGGAGCAACAUUUCUACGACGCCAUGUUGGCAGGUCGAAGCGUGUAUGACUUCUACGAUCGUCGGCACCCAAAUGCCUACUACGAUCGCUAUUUCCUGCCAGACGAUACCUCUUCGAGCGAGACGACAUCGUUACUGUCCUAUCGCCUUCACCGAUCCUGUUCCACCCACUUGCCUCGCCAUCAUUCUCUCAGGAAGUGUGAUAUGCUUGCUCCACCGCCUUACUCUGAGGUGGCAGCCAAGCCGGAACUGUACCCAGUAGUGGUGAUGAAACACGGCAUUACAGAGGUCAACUCCACCAAGUCAAUGAGUGAGGCUGCUGUAAUCACCCACCCGCCCUCCUGGCAUCCUCCGUACCACCAUUACAUAUACAGAUCAGACUCUGUGUUGUGGAUCAAAGUGGAGGCGGAGAGGGUCCUGUGGAGGCGACGGGCUAGCAGUGGAAGAGGCUCGGUGUCAACUCCGGAGGGAUCACAGAGUUCUGGCUACACCUACGGACCCGCUUUACAGAGCGAGCCCCGCGGGUGUCGAGUCUGGUCCCCGGGGUGUGUGCUGGCGCUGGCUUCACCGGCCUCCUCAGUGGGUCCACACGCCUCAGAUGUCUCCAGUCUGCCAGCUACGUCGCCCCCUUCACCUCCGGUUCCCACCUCGCCCACGCUGCCGCCCUCGCCCGCCAGCAGGGAGCUGAGGGAUGUGUUGCACAAGAUCAGUCAACUGCCUGGAGCUGCCUCGCCGCCCCCACCCCACAGCCCACGCCCUUCUCCACACUACUGCCCGCCCACGCGUCACCCCACCGCCCACACUCGCUAUUGCUCCUCCCGACCCCGUGGGCGGCGCCCUUUGGGUGCCUCACUGUCCCUGGAGGUUUCAGGGCCCUGCCGCCCACGCUCUUUGCCCCUCACUGCUGCCACGCCCUCAUCCCCACCCUGCUUGGCCGACCCGCCCUCACCCCUCCUCCUCCCCGCUUCCACUUCCACCCCCAAUCUAGCAGCUACAUGGCCCUCACCCCCCGCCCACACCCACCUUGUGGCCACCCUCGUGGACGGCUCACGCAUCGUCCACCACCCAGCCGCCCAUGAUCACACCCCCGUCAUGACGCCCACAGAGGGCGUGUGGAGAAGGGACGCGAUAGAUUCCAGGUUUACAUGGAGAGCCAGAGAUCACGGGGUGGAGAGAGUGUAGCCACACACACACACACGCACACACACACACACGCACACACACGCACACACACGCACACACACACACACGCACACGCACGCACACACACACACACACACACAC